UCGACCAAGACCUCAAUAAAGGAAGAGGAAAAGCUCUCAAAACCACCUCCAUUGUUGCAGCACGAACUCAAUAAAGAUUGGUCCAAAAAGGAAGAUUAAAGAGAGAAAAAGUUGGGAAAAGUGUGAAUAAUUAAGACACUUGUAAAGGGUAUUUCAAGUGAUUUCACAAAGUUGGAAAAGUCGCCGGAGUUGUCGCCGGAGUUGACCAAAAGUCGCCGGAGUUUCACCGGAGUUCAACCAAGAAGGGUAGAACUUCAUAACGCUAGUUCAAGGUUGAAGCUAGGGCUUGCUACUUGCACCUCCUCACGAGUGAUAUCAUAUCGGGAAGACGUGAACGCCUUGUGUAAUUAAGUGAGGUUGACUCGUGGGUGACGUCACUUGAUUAAACGGCGGUUGUACACGCGCUUGGAUUGCGGUCUGGGGCGUGACAUAUAUAGGAAAAAGGUGUUAAGGAAAGCAAGAAACAGAUGCUGAUAGAAAAAACAUAUCCCAAAAGAUAUGAAGAAAGAAGAUUGGGAAGAUUUUGUGGAGUUUUGUUCUACGCCAGCAGACCAGAAGAGGCGUUAAAAAGGCAAGAAAUCUAGGGGAUGCAUUAAGAGGCUACAUUCAUCCGGUAGAACUGAUUGUGCAAGGAUACCUCACAAAAUGAAAAAGGAGAGUCUUACCGGGGACGUCAAUAGAACUGAACUAUAUUUGGUCACACAUGCUAGAAAGGUUGGUUCUACUUCCAUGAGCACAAGCGAAGGCUUGGACCAAAUAAGAUAGCUUGUAGCUGAUAAUCCAUACUUGGGACAAAAAGAUUUGGAUCAUGAUGCCGUUGCGAUGGUAUGUGGGAUUGAUGGAAAGGGUUAUGUGCGUGGUAUGGGUGGAGGUGUUACAAAGACUGAGAUACGUGCUUCAGGUCCUUCUAGAGAAAUUGCUCGCAAAGAAAAGCAACAACACGAAAUGGUUAGCAAUGAAAUACAAAUACUUAGAGAAGAAGUAGCCACAUUGAAGCAACUGGUACAAACUAACACAACCAGAUCUUCUGAGCAGUCUCAAGAGUUCUGUAAUACUACUCGGGGAGGUGAAUCUGGCCUCACUACAAAGUCUACAAGGGCAUGUUUUUUAAAAAAACUUAAGGAAAAAGGUCAUUCCUUAUGGACGCCAUAAUGAGGAAGCUCCACCAAAUGAAGAAGUUUAUAGUAUCAUUAUUGAUGAAAUAUUUGAUGGUACUGGUUCCUAUAUGACAGAGAUGAAAGGUUUGAAGACAUAUUGAUCGGUGAGCUCAUCAAUUGGCCAAAAGCAAAUGUCCACUUUACGAGGAUCAAUUAAUGUCUUUUUGUGCUACUUUUGCUCAUGUUUAGUUAGCUUGUUCCGAGACUACUUCAAUAUUAGUUCAAAAGUUAAUUUGGAUCAUGUGGUUAGUUGAACUUGAUGAUCAAAGGAUUUUAG